AUGGCAUUCCCAUCCGGGUAUAGGUUCAACCCAACUGACGAAGAACUGGUGGUCGACUACCUGAAGAACAAAAUCUUUAAGAAUGCUUUGCCUUGCAACAUCAUUCAAGAAAUUAAUCUUUAUGAUUAUCAUCCUCAACAAUUAUACAAUUCGCACAAGAAGGAAGGGGGUAAGUUCAUGUACUUCUUCACUCCAAGGGACCGGAAGUACCCACAUGGAAACCGGCCAAAACGACAGGCCGUCGACGGAUUUUGGAAGGCUACUGGGGUUGAUCAUCCGGUUACAGUAAACAAUAUCAAAGUAGCAAGCAAGAGAUCCCUGGUCUAUUAUAAUGGCAGCAAUAAAAAUUCAACAAAGACUAACUGGAUCAUGUAUGAAUAUGUAAUGGAUCAACAUAGCACUCCAGCUGCAAGUAAACCGACUUACAGCAAAAAAAGUCAGGCAGCCGCUUCGAGAUCAAAUGCCACUCCUGAUGACAGCAACAUGAAGUUGGACGAUUGGGUUUUGUGCAAGGUCUACUUGAAGAAUCACAAAUCAAAGAACAAGAAUCAAGCAGCUAGUAGCAGUGGUGCUAGCUCUAUUAGCGCGGAGCCUCAAAUGCAAGGAAAUGAUGGGGGCAAUUUGCAGCAUAAUCUUGAUUCCGCAAUCUCAGUGGCCUCAAUGAUGCAAAGAGCUCAUCACAAUGCUGGUGGUUAUCAAAACUUUGCACCAUUCCUGCAAGGAACUGAUCAUCAUCAUCAAUACAAUUUGCAGAGUUAUGGUGGUCCUAUCAACGUCUUGCCUCCAUUGCAGAUAAGACAUCAUAAUUUUGGUUCAACUAGAGCUGCACAGCCAAUGGACGCAACUAAUUAUCAUAACGUUAGCUCUACAAACUUUGUUCCCUGGACACAAACUCAAUACAAUGGGCAACAUUAUGUUGGUUCCAUAGGCAUUUCGCCUUCGAUUCAACCAAACGAGUGCAAUGCCGCAAAUUACGUUGGUUCAACCUGUGCGGCGUCUGCAUUGCAAGGAGCUAAUGGAUGUGAUGCCACGGAUAGUGUUGAUUCUACCAAUUUUGUGCCGGAUAAUGUUUUUGGUACGCCUAGCUCUGCGCCUCCAAUGCUAAGAAUAAAUCAAUGCGAUGUGGGAGAUAAUAAUAGUUCCAUCAACUCUGAGCCUUCUGUUACUGAUUUUGAUAUUGAUCCUAAUCUUUAUCUCCAGCCACAAGAUCCUAAUCUUUAUCUUCCUUGGCUUGAUGGAACGAAACCAGAUAGUCCUAAUUAA